AUGGAAAUAAACAUUAUCAAGUGGAUCCAGAGAAUAGGUCUGUGGUUGGGUCCAACUGGUGACGAAAUACACUGGUGCACCAAAAUUUGUAUCAGCUGUUUCUUUUUCACGAAUGUUGCCCAGCUAAUUGCGUUGUGUCUAGCUAAAAACGACCCAGAAAAGCUUUUUGGGUGUUUUAGCGUACUUUCGUUUUGCGGUAUGGGCUUUAUCAAGUUGUAUUCAAUGCAAUUUAAGAGAGAGGACUGGAGGUUUUUGCUCAAUCAAGCUUUUAUAUUGGAGAAUGAUGAAUUGAACAACGGAGACACGACCGGCGUCGAUUACGACACUGAUGAUGAGGAUAAUGAAAAGUUUUCUGGUCAUAUUUUGGUUUAUUCGCGGAAAUUUUUGUCAACAACUUCGCUUCUUUCCCAAAUGUAUAGCUUUACGGGUUUUGUUUAUAUUCUAUCCCCUUUUAUUGAAUAUGGGAUUUAUAAAAUAAAAGGCGAAGAUGUGGAUUGGCUGCAUAUUUUGCCGGUAUGGUCGCCAUUAGAUAUCAGUGCCUUUGGUUAUGCAGCGACAGUAAUUGCUGAAAUCGUUGCUUCUGCUUAUUGUGUAUGCGUGCACAUUGUAUUUGAUUCCUUUGCUACUGGUACUAUGAUAUUUGUAUGUGGCCAGUUUUCAUUACUUCACGCUUAUAGCCAGAGAAUCGGCGGAAGUGGCAAGAAAUUUAAUUUAUGCCAGGAACGAGACGCUCGAGCCCAUUAUAGGAUUAAGAAAUGCCACUUCAUUCAUGUUACUUUGUUACGUAUGGUAAAACAAUUAGAUGAAAUCAUCCGGAAUAUUGUCGGGAUAUACUUCUUCGUGGCUACACUGACUCUCUGUUGUGUAUGUAUACAGCUACAAUCAAAGGACUUAAGCGCCACCCAACUAAUAUCACUUCUUCAGUACAUGUGCGCAACUCUCACUCAGCUUUUUCUCUACUGUCAUUACGGGGACGCAGUACAAAAUGAGAGCGUUGUUGCUUUAGGCGAAGGCCCAUUCGCAUCAGCUUGGUGGAGUCUGGGAAAAAAAAUGCGCUCUGAAGUUGGGAUCCUUUGUAUAAGAAUGUCUCGAAGCUGCAAACUAUUCGCCGGACCAUUCAACGUUCUCAAUUUGGAGUCUUUUAUACAGAUUGUCCGAACGGCAUACAGUUAUUAUGCAGUAUUACGACAGACAUCCGAAUGAGAUUUCUAAAAAAAAUAAUGGUGUACUUGCACAGACUUCACUUUAAGGAAAACGAUUAUCUAGACUCAUUGUUUUCUCAACACGCUUAAUUAAAGUUGUUCAGUGGUAAUAAUCGUGUUUUAUUUAACAUUCUUUCU